AAGCCCUCAUCAGCGGGCAGACAUCUUAGCGCGCUGAACCAAAGCCUUUGGCUACCUCUCGGGCACUGGCUCCUCAGGCUCGCAUCAGGGCCCACACAGCUCACUUGGCCUCGGUCAAGGCAACCGCCGAGAGCCUAACCACGAUGGGGAGCAGGAUGGCAGCUUGAGCCACCUCAGCAGCAAGGACACAAAGGAGGAGGAGGCAGGUCUGCCUGCCGGGCACCACUUCCACUGUGGUAGCCGAGCUCCGAGGCGCAGUCAAGCCCUGAGCGCGGCCCUAGUGAGGAGCUCCGGCCCCUCCGCAGGUCUCCCCGGGCAGGCGGCAGCCCGGACCCUUUUCCCUGAAACACCUCCCGGACCCUGGCAACCGCCGCGCCCGGCAACGGCGCUGCGGGGCCGGUGCGGCUGAGGCGAAAGAUGAAGCAGGCGCUGGUGGACGACACCGAAGAUGUGUCCCUCGACUUCGGGAGCGAGGAGGAGCUGGCGCUGCGCAAAGCCAAGAUCAGACACCCACUGGCUUCCUUUUUCCACCUGUUUUUCCGAGUGAGUGCCAUUGUCACCUACUUGUUGUGUGACUGGUUCAGCAACAGCUUCAUUGCCUGUUUUGUCACUAUUCUCCUCCUUCUAUCCUUUGACUUUUGGUCAGUUAAGAAUGUGACAGGAAGACUUUUGGUUGGUUUGCGUUGGUGGAACCAGAUUGAUGAAGAUGGAAAAAGCCACUGGGUAUUUGAAGCCAAAAGGGCGCCUUCAACAGCUGCCUCAACUGAAGCUGAAGCACAAAUCUUUUGGCUUGGUCUCAUUAUCUGUCCAGUUAUUUGGACCAUGUUUUUCUUUAGCACGUUGUUCUCCUUGAAGCUGAAAUGGCUGGCUCUUGUGAUAGCUGGGAUCUCCCUUCAGACUGCUAAUUUAUAUGGCUACAUCCACUGCAAAUUAGGGGGACAAAAAAGCAUCAGUAGAGUAACCUCAAGGUUUUUUGUCACAGCAGAUGUUCCCAAGAGACAGACAAGGAGAAUGUCAGGAGACCGCACUGAGGAACAUGGGAAGACAGGCACUAGAUAAUCAAAUAAGGAAGAACAAGGAGGAUGAAUAGUAAAAACACUCAUUUGUGAAAACUGUUCUUCAUUGGAAAGUACUUAAGUAAAGCUCUUCUAGAAUUAUA